AUGACGACCAAUGCUGUGCCGGACACGCAACUAGGUCUCUCACAAGAGGAGAUACAGCUCCUGCGGCAAGGCCAAGCAGCACUCGGAGGGGGAUCGACCAGCUCCCGCACCGCCAGCAGAGCGAGCAGUCAAGGCCUACUACUACUAGACAGCUCCUCUCUUGCUGCUCUGGGAAGGUACUUUGAUCGGUUGAUGGCAAAUAUCGAACAAAACAUACGAUAUCUUAGCGAGCAAGCACAGAUGUUCACCCAAGUACAAUAUGACCGUGCUGGAAAUAUCAUCGACGGCGCCGAUGCAGAAAUUGAGAGAUAUCGGCAGAUUCUAGUGCAACUUGACGAGCUAGAGACGGACUUUGACCGAAUAGCCCAUAUCAAAGAAAUCGUGAAGGGGUAUCGGUCCAGAGUGGAGGAGCUUGAGCGAGACUUGGAAACAAGCGGAACGUCUAGUCGGCACCACAAGCAUUCAUCCCACAAGCAUUCACAUUCCCACUCGCAUAAGCAAGGCUCGUCUCACAGGAGUAGGCACUAA